GUAUCCAGGUAUAUUUAUAUCUAUAUAUCUAUAUAUCUAAUAUGACAUAUAGAUAUAGAUAAAUAGAAAAAACAAGCCCCCCAAAAGGCAUCCAGGUAUCUUCCUAUAUCUAUCUAGAUAUCUAGGUGUCUAGAUAGGUGUUUUCCCCCUUAAAAAUGCAUCCAGGUGUGUAUGUGUGUGUGUGUGUGUGUGUGUGUGUGUAUAUAUAUAUAUAUAUAUAUAUAUACAUACAUACAUACAUAUAUAUAUAUAUAUACUAGCUGUGCCCGGCCACGCGUUGCUGUGGCGAAGUAUGGUGGUGUGGGAAAUAAAGUAUUGAGGAAUUGUAUAUUGUAUAUUGAUAAUCUUAUAUUAUCUGCUUAGAACUGGAUUAUAUGAGGCCCCUUCUUCACAGCUGUAUAAAAUGCACACUGAAGUGGAUUAUAUGGUAGUGUGGACUCAAGAUAAUCCAGUGCAAAGCAGAUAAUAUAAGAUUAUAAAUGGGUUAUAUAGCUGAGUGGAAGGGCCUUGAGUCUACACUGCCAUAUAAUCCAGUGCAAAUUAGAUAAUCUGUGGAAGAGACCUAAGUGAGGCCUAAAUCUGCCUGUCCCCUAACUGAACCCUGGCUGUCCCUUGGCUGAGUUGGUUGCUAGGAGACCAAGUGGGUAGAGAUUAGCCCUCUAAACUGGCAGCAAUUGGAUAAAAAAAAUUAUUGCUCUCCCUCUAAUUAGGACUUCAUUUCUCUUUUCUUUUUGUUGUAUCAACCUAGAGGCAUGGAUGAUGGGUUGUGUUGUCUAAUUUCGAGGUUGGGGGGCCUGUAGUUUUGUUGUUUUGUGGGUCGCCAUGAUGCCAUCACUCAUUUAUAUAUAUAGAUAUAUAUUUGUAUGUGUGUAUAUAUAUAGUAUGCUGUAUAUAAAAUAAGCCCACCCCAGUGUGUUCUCAGAAAAAUGCAUCCAGGUAUAUUUGUCAAUCAAUCUAUUAUCUAUCUAUCUAAUAUAUUUUAUAUCUAUACAGUAGAGUCUCACUAAUCCAAGCCUCGCUUAUCUAAGGCUCUGGAUAAUCCAAGCCAUUUUUGUAGUCAAUGUUUUCAAUAUAUUGUGAUAUUUUGGUGCUGAAUUCAUAAAUACAGUAAUUACAACAUAACAUUACUGCGUAUUGAACUACUUUUCCUGUCAAAUUUGUUGUAUAACACGAAGUUUUGGUGCUUAAUUUGUAAAAUCAUAACCUUAUUUGAUGUUUAAUAGGCUUUUCCUUAAUCCUUCCUUAUUAUCCAAGAUAUUCGCUUAUCCAAGCUUCUGCCGGCCCGUUUAGCUUGGAUAAGUGAGACUCUACUGUAUUAUGAUAUAUAUCCACUCCAAUGUAUUCCCCCCCCCCAAAAAAACUGCAUCCAGAUAUAUAUCUGUAUCUAUUUAUUUAUCUAUCUAUCAAUCAUUAUAUCUAUCUAUUUAUCUAAGCUCACGCCAGUCUAUUUCCAAAAAAAUGCAUCCCGGUAUAUUUCUCUUAUCUAUCUGUUUAUCUAUAAUAUAUUUUAUAUCUAUCUUAUCUAUCUAUCUAUCUAUCUAUCUAUCUAAACAAGUCAACCCCAAUGUAUUUCCCAAAAAAAUGCAUCCAGAUCUAUCUAUCUAUCUGAUAUUGUAUCUACCCAUUUAUCUAUCUAUAAUAUAAACACACACAUAUAAAGAUAAAAUGUACUCACCCCAGUGUAUUUCCCAAAAAAUGCAUCCAGAUAUAUUUAUCUAUUUAUCUAUCUACCUAUCUAUAGAAACUAUAUCUGUCUUUCUCUCUAUAUAUAUAUAAUAUUAUAGAUAGAUAGAAAAAAUAACCCCACAUCAGUGUAUUUCCAAAAAAAAUGCAUCCAGGUCAAACUAUCUAUCGAUCUAUAAUAUAGAAAAUAAGUCCACCCCAAUGUGUUUCAGAAAAAUGCAUCCAGGUAUAUUUCUACAUUGUAUAUAUGUAUAUAUAUCCAGGUAUAUUUUUGAAUAUAUAUAGAGAGGGAGCAAGGGGGGGAUAGAAAAAGCCCCCCCCCAGUGUAGUUCUAAAAAUUGCAUCCAUGUAUAUAUUUUGUAUGUCUGUAUGUAGUGUAUGUAUAUAUAUAUAUAUAUAUCCACACUAUCUUUCUAGAGCAACAGAUUUCACCCCAUUAUAUGUUUGGAUCUCUUCCACAUGAUACCCUUGAGGCCUCUUUCUCCCCAGUUUGGUCUCUCGAUGAAGGAGGACCUUUCAUGAAUCAAACUCCAUCUUCCUUUGUAGUUUAUACUUUUCUAUGGCAUGACUCUCCUCUUUCCUUGCUCUGAAGCAUAAAUCAUAUUAUUAUUGGGGUGCUUUGCGUUUUUUGGGCUGUAUGUCCAUGUUCCAGAAGCAUUAUUUGAAGAAUCCUUUGUUAGCAGGUGUUAGCUGGCCCUGAUCGUUUUUUGUCUUCUGUUUUCUGAGUGUGGUUCUUUAUUUACUGUCCUGAUUUUAGCGUUUUUUAAAAAAAUUACUGGUAGCCAGAUUUUGUUCAUUUUCAUGGUUCCCUCCUUUCUGUUGAAAUUGUCCACAUGAUUGUGGAUUUCAAUGGCUUCUCAGAGAACAACCAGAGAAGUCAGACAUAGCAGUAUUCUGGACACAGAAUACUAUUUGAGAACACAGAAAUGCUGGACCACAACGACAACAUUCAGAAAACGGGAGAAUUCCAGACAGAAAACAAAAGAUUCCCCCAGGCAGGAAGCAACUAGUCCUUGAAGCUGCAAGGCCACUAAAUGCUAAUCAAGAUGGCCAGUUGCAACAUUCACACUUGCCUCAAACAGGCAAGAGUUCUUUCUCCCACCCUGGACAUUAUUGCACAGAUAUAUAAACCCCACUUGCCUAUUGUCCAGCAGACCUCGCAACCUCUGAGGAUGUCUUCCAUAGAUGUGGGUGAAACGUCAGGAGAGAAUGUUUCUGGAACAUGGCCAUAUAGCUUGGAAAACUACAUUUCCUCCGGUGGCCUAGGGGAUAAAAGCCUCAUGACUUGAAGGUUGGGUUGCUGACCUGAAGGCUGCCAGGUUCGAAUCCCACCCGGGGAGAGCGCGGAUGAGCUCCCUCUAUCAGCUCCAGCUCCAUGUGGGGACAUGAGAGAAGCCUCCCACAAGGAUGGUAAAACAUCAAAACAUCUGGGCAAUGUCCCCUGGGCAACGUCCUUGCAGACGGCCAAUUCUCUCACUCCAGAAGCAACUCUGGUUGCUCCUGACAUGGAAAAAAAAGGCUUGGAAAACGCACAGCAACCCAGUGAUUCCGACCAUGAUAGUCCUUUGACAAUGCAUAUUAUUAUUAUUAUUAUUAUUCAUCCAUCCAUCCAUCCAAUUUAGUUGCUUGUGAUUUCCUUUUUUUCAUCAUUUUAAAAUGUAUUUGUUAUGCAAUGCUUUUGACACAAAAUAAAUAAAAUUAUUAUUAUUAUUAAACCUCACCCCUUACCAUCCUUCCAGAACUGUGAAUCUCGCCCACCACCCUUAGGGUGAUUGAGAUGGGCAAUCCCAUGCUUUGCCCUCUGCCCACUUUCUGGGAGACCAGCCUCUCUCUCCUUCCCAGGGCCCCAUAGGCAUUGCUUGGAGGUCUCCCAUCCCCAUUUCUUCGGAGGAUCUUUGCACAGCCGUCCCCUUCCGCACCCCUCCUCUUCCCCCUCGGCCUGGCACCUGCUCUUGCCCAUCGGCCUCCAGGCAGGUGGCUUGCUCCCUUUCUCUGCUGUUUUGCCCUCCCCACUGCCGGGCUUUGAAACCCUUGCAUUGCAUGGGAAUUGUGGGUGAGCUGGUUGCUUUUGCCCCAUAAGAUGCCUCUACACACUUUUUCCUGUGUUGCCCUCCCCACUGUCGGGCUUUGAAACCCUUGCAUUGCAUGGGAAUUGUGGGUGAGCUGGUUGCUUUCGCCCCAUAAGAUGCCUCUACACACUUUUCCCUCCUGAGAUUACCCCCCCCUUUCAAUCCAGAUUGGUGCUAUAUGGGUGUCAAAUGUGAUUUUUACUCAUAUUAAUGUGAGUGGAAUCUGUUAAUGUGGGAUUUGUGUAUUGGUAGUGUUUAAAUGAAAAUACUGCAAAUACUCUGACAGAAUCUCUAUGCCUUCCUGGUCCUGGGGGUGCUGGCCAGAUGCUUCUUCAUGCGCCUGUGGAUUGGGGAAGGGAGCAUGUUUUUAAGGUUGCAUUGCAGGGUGGGCGGGCGAAAAGGAAUGGUGCAAGGUAUGGCUUCCGGGGUGGUGGUCUCUUUCGUCUUUUUUUUUUUUUGGGAGGUGGUGGGGGGCGGGAGGAAAGAAGGCUGGGCUUUCUCAAGUUGGACGUGAGCCGAUUGAAUCGGGUGAAGGGGUGGGCGUGUUUGGUGGGCCAUCGGCACGUCGCUGUCCGUCCACGGAGGCUGGAGCAUGGUGGAAGCAUGGACGACCACAGGCUAGAAUGGGUGGAAAUCAUCGAGCCUCGCACGCGGGAGCGCAUGUACGCCAACCUGAUCACGGGGGAGUGCGUCUGGGACCCCCCGCCCGGCGUCCGCAUCAAGCGCACCAACGAGAACCAGUGGUGGGAGCUCUUUGACCCCAACACCUCCCGCUUCUACUACUACAAUGCCACCACCCAGCGGACGGUGUGGCACCGGCCCCAGAACUGCGACAUCAUCCCGCUGGCCAAGCUCCAGACCCUGAAGCAGAACACCGAGUCGCCCCGAGCCUCCACCGAGAACAGCCCCGGGCGCAGCAGCAAUGUCAGCCGCGAAGGCAGCACCAGCUCCUCCCUGGAGCAAGAACUGGAAGGCGGUGGCGGCGGUGGUGGUGGCAGUGGGGAGAAGGGGCAGGAGCAGGGGCGGCCCAACCGCCAGCCCUCCCAGUUCGCCACCGUCAAAGAAGAAGCAGAAAGUUCCUCACCACCUGGAGUUUUUGAGAAAGAAUACGAGAUAUACCGGGAUUACAGCACCGAUGGGCAACGCCUCCACUACCGGGCAUCAUCUCUCAGGUGGAACACAGGGACAAAGGAACGGAUGCUCAUCAAGGUGACGGAUCGCGAGCCCAGCUUCCUCAUGCACCAGGGCAAUGGCUACACCAUGGACAACCAGCAGGGCACCCGGUCGCGUAGGCCGUCUGGCGGCCAGCCAUCCCCUAACCUCCAGACUUUUACCCCCGACUCGGACAACUCUGUCUUUUUCCCAGAGAGGAAGCAGUCACCCUUCCUGAAACGGGCAGAUCAUGUGGGCAGUUGCUCCCCGCUGCUGGGGCGGGGUGAGUCCUUCUGCUCCCCACUUCAAGCCCAGCACCGAAAACACUCCAGCGAGUCCCAGCCUUCCUCCCCACGUUACGCCUAUGAGCCUCCCUUAUAUGAGGAACCUCCUAUGGAGUACCAGGCCCCCAUCUACGAUGAGCCGCCUGUGGAUAUGCAGUUUGAGGCGAGCGGGAGUUACAAAGCGGGUUCGCCCCAGAAGUCACCCAUCCGUAAGCCCCAUCCCUUUCUGCAGUCGCCCAAACAGGGCUCCAACUCCCCUUACCAGCAGCUGGUGUUGACCAAGCAGAAAGGUCCCGACCGCUUCAUGAGCUUGGAGUACAGCCCUGCCGGCAAGGAGUACGUCCGGCAAUUAGUCUACGUUGAGCAGUCAGGCUCCAGCCCCAAGAUGAAGACAGGCCUUCGACACAAAUAUUCCCCAAAUCCGAUUGGUGGCUCCUACUCCCUCCAGCACAGCCCCUGCCUCAUGAGGGAUCAGCGCCUGGAGAUCAAAUCCGGGGACUACAGCAGCAUGGAAGGGUCUGACAUCCGGCACAGCCCCCCGGUCAGCCAGGCCUCUCAGGGCGAGGACUCCAUGUCAUGGUCCAGCCAGCAGAACACCCUGUCCUCCACUGGUUACUCCCCAGGUACCCGCAAGCGGAAGAGUCGGAAGCCCUCCCUCUCUUAUGACCCGAAUGCCUCUUCCACUGAUGGCUCCGGGGAGCGAGAGGAAGGGCUGCUGGAGGAGAGGCCUCCAUCCAGUUGCGGCCGGCCCCAGAUGAAUCGCAUGGAGAGCAGGUCCGUGGAAGCCGAAUUGACCCGAGGCUUUCCCGAGCCCUUCCUGGCCCAGGCCCGGCUGGCGUGGGAGGCCCAGCAAGCUCAUUACCAUAUGAAGCAGCGGAGUAGCUGGGACUCCCAGAAAGACGGUUCGGGCUAUGAGAGCGAUGGGGCUGUCCCACUCCCCAUGCCAGGGCCGGUGGUGCGGGCAUUCAGCGAGGACGAGGCCCUGGCCCAGCAGGAGAACAAGCACUGGAAGAGGAAUACCUUUGAGAAGUUGGGUUUCCCACAGAUCCUGCUGGAGAAGAGUGUGUCUGUGCAGACAAACCUGGCUUCACCUGAACCCUACCUGCAUCCAUCCCAGUCCGAGGAUCUUGGCGCCUGCGCACAGUUUGAGAGCAGCAGACAAAACCGGAACAUGAUGCCUAGCACCAGCUGUGUCUUCCCCACCUUCAACCUAAGGAAGCCUUCCUCGGAGACGGACAUUGAGAACUGGGCCUCCAAGCACUUCAACAAGCACACCCAAGGGCUCUUUCGGCGCAAGGUCUCCAUCGCCAACAUGCUGGCCUGGAGCAGUGAGUCCAUCAAGAAGCCCAUGAUCAUGACCACCGACCGCAACGUCAAGAAGGAAGCCUGUGAGAUAUUCAAGCUGAUCCAGAUGUACAUGGGAGACCGGCGGGCCAAGACGGACCAACUCAACGUGGCUCUGGAGAUCGCCACCAAAGGCUGGAGCAUGCAGGGCCUCCGGGACGAACUGUACAUCCAGCUCUGCCGACAGACCACCGAGAACUUCCGCUACGAGAGCCUUGCUCGUGGCUGGGAGCUCAUGUCUAUCUGCCUGGCCUUCUUCCCGCCCACCCCCAAGUUCCACUCCUACCUUGAAGGAUACAUCUACCGGCACAUGGACCCAGUGAACGACACAAAAGUUACUCAGCACAUUAAAGAACUCCUGGAAAUGAACAGUAAGAAGAAGUCCAAAGUGAGAAAGAAACCCAAGCCCUAUAUCGAAGAACACGAUGGGGUGGCAAUAAGCACUUACGCCAAGUAUUGCUACAGCAAGCUCCAGAAAGCAGCCUUGACCGGAGCCAAGAAGGGCCUGAAGAAGCCAAACAUUGAAGAGAUCCGCCAUGCCAAGAACGCCGUCUUCAGCCCCUCCAUGUUUGGCAGCUCCCUGCAAGAGAUCAUGAACAUGCAGAAGGAGAGGUACCCUGACCGCCAGCUCCCCUGGGUCCAGACCAGGCUGUCGGAAGAGGUCCUGGCCCUCAACGGAGACCAGACCGAGGGCAUCUUCAGGGUCCCCGGAGACAUUGACGAGGUCAACGCCCUCAAGCUGCAGGUCGACCAGUGGAAGAUCCCCACCGGCUUGGAAGACCCUCAUGUUCCUGCCUCCCUCCUGAAGCUCUGGUACCGAGAACUGGAGGAGCCCCUGAUCCCCCAUGACUUCUACGAACAGUGCAUCACUCACUACGAGAACCCCGAAGCCGCGAUCGCCGUCGUCCACUCCCUGCCCAGGAUCAACAAGAUGGUGCUCUGCUACCUCAUCCGUUUCCUCCAGGUGUUUGUGCAGCCCGGCAACGUGGCGGUCACCAAGAUGGACGUCAACAACCUGGCCAUGGUGAUGGCCCCCAACUGCCUCCGCUGCCAGUCGGACGACCCGCGGAUCAUUUUUGAGAACACCCGCAAGGAAAUGUCCUUCAUCCGGGUGCUGAUCCAGCACCUGGACACGAGCUUCAUGGAGGGGGUCCUAUAGCACCGGUGUGGACGGAACCAGGGUGGAACGGGACCCCUUUCCUCCGAGCCCCGCCACCCCCUCCACCUCCCAGUCAGUGAGUCAGCGAGAACUGUUUUUGACGCAACAAAGGGAAACGUCAUUGGUGGGCGGGCACCGACGGGGGCAGAGCAAACGCUCCCGUGGCCUCCACCUCCUCCUUGCCUUGGUGCCGCCCCGUGUCUCGGAGGAGGAAACUGUGGUGCUCUCAUUUGGGAAAAACGUCUUCUCCAACCAGGACAUCCAAUGGGACACACCUCUCUGGGGCAGGACUAGCAUUCUUCACAAGGAGGAUUUGAAUCAGUGACCAGCCUGGGAGACAUCAGGUGAACUGUAAGGUUGAGGGGGUUGGAUGGUCGGGAAGGGAGAGGACGCCAUGAGCCCUCUCUCCCUCCUUCCUGACUCAGUUUCCUAUCCGCUUUCCUGGGGAGAGGCUGCCAGAUUCCAGGCUUGGGGGGCAAAGGCAAGGGGUGGUGAAUGGGGUUGGUUUUUAAGGUGGAAACCAGACCCUGUCGGGUGAGGGUUGCAUGCCGUUAGCUUCCCAGGGGAAAUGAAGGAGCCUCAGGCCAAGCCCUGCUAGCGGAGACCCUCUGGAAGAGGUGAUGGCGGUGGGGGUGGACAUCGGGUUCCCAACGGGGCAUCCCAGGUUGGACUCGGAGCAGCCAGAUCUCCAUCACUGGGAUGCCAGGCUGUCUCCCAGGGCUGACAAAAUGCAGCAGACACAAGCGCUGCUCUCUCACGGCCCCCCGUUAACUGUUUCCUUCCCUUGUUCCAGCACAUUCACUGCCAGAAGGGGCCAAUCCAUGCCCCUCGCCCCCUCUUUCUCCCUCUUUCUCUCUUGAAACCCACACAAAUGGACAAUAAGUAUACUAAUAGGCUUCAGCAGCGGCUACUUUAGCUUUCAGAAUCGGCUGAGCGUGGUUAGUGGAAGGUCCCUGGGCCCCCUUUCCUUGCUUGCCUUGCCAAGGUGACAUAACAUUAACAUACCGACCCACGGGAGCCACGGCUUUGUUGUCUGGUCAAAGCUGGGUCUGUUUGCAUGAAUUGGGUGGGUGCAGGAGGCCAGAACAGACCCAUUUGAACUCCUGAUUCCUGCAGAUCCUCCUGCACUUUACAGUUUACCACAAAAGGAGCAACUAAAUCAUCCUCAAGAGAUGUUCUCACCCAGAUUGAUGCCAAGUUUUGGUGAGAUUCCUGCUCUGUCCUGAACCUCAAGGUUAGAAUUGAGACAAUGUGUUGUCGAAGGCUUCCAUGGCCAGGAUCACAGGGUUGUUGUAUGUUUUCCGGGCUGUAUGGCCAUGUUCCAGAAGUAUUCUCUCCUGAUGUUUCGCCCACUUCUAUGGCAGGCAUCCUCAGCGGUUGCCUGCCAUAGAUGUGGGCGAAACAUCAGGAGAGAAUACUUCUAGAACAUGGCCAUACAGCCCGGAAAACAUACAACAACCCCAGAAUUGAGACAGAUUCCUUUCCCUGGUGAUUUUCAUUUCUUUAUUAUAAUGCUUUCCAAAAUCUGGCUCUCCAGGAGUUUUGGACUUCGCUGCCGGAAUCCCUGAUGAUUGGCCAAAUCAGCCAAGGCUUCCAAGAGUUGCAAACAUCAUCUGGAGGACCAGAGUUUGGGAAUCACUACUUUAGGAUUAUUCUCUACCAGGGUCCCAAAGUCUUUUCAAGUGGGAGAGAGUUAAUGACAAGUGAGUAGCCUUUCCUGGGGCUAUCAGUGAGGGAACCCCAAAAACACCUGGGAAAUAGCCUUGCCUUCCAACAGGCCACACUUCAGCUAUCUUUCCUUCCCUAUGGCCUCCUGAGCAAGAAAAACGCAUAAGAAAAGUUGCAGGGAAAGUGGGGUGAGACUACAUUUCCCUGAAAUGCUUCCUCUCAGCUGUGAAAAGCAUCUGAAUUUGUUCUUCUCCAACCUUAAGGUAUUUCCCCUCUGUUUUGAUUUGCAAUAUAGUGUCUUCUUGGAGCUCCAGUUUUUCUUUCUCCUGAUAUUCUGUCUGAGAUGAGUUUGCUUUUGAUAACCUUCAUCGCAUCUGUUUCAGCCCAGAAUGUUCAUCAAUGAGCACAUCUCUGCAAAACAUUUGGGAAUAUCUUUGAGGAGGGGCUGUAAGUAAAGCCCUCCUACGAAGUCCUCUCAUAAGUAGAAAUUUUCAUGUCAGGUGUAUAAAGCUGAAGCGAGAAUUGAGAUUCAAGAAAGUUGUCUUAUUCCAAGGAGGUUAGAAGGACUUUUAUUGCCGCUCUUCCUCCGAGACCGGGUGCAGUUGCAGGCUUGGAUUUUAUACAAUGAGAGGUGAGAAGGAGACAUUGCAUCCCACAGCCUUCCUUUUAGUAAACCUUACUUCUGAGUGCUUUGAGCAUCCUCUCAGAAAGUUGGGCAGAUACCGGCACCUUGCACCUGCUCUCAGAACAAGGGUUUGUAGAGGGAAUGCUGUGAGCAGAUGAGCCCAGUCUUGUUCCUUCUGGCCUGUUCUUCAGGCAGAGCUCACACUCCUAUCCUUUGUCCAGACAAAAUGGUCAAGGAAGAUGAGGUAAGAUGAUGAGGAUCAGAAGAAGAGAGUGACUCUCUUUCCCAAGGUGACCCAUUGCUUCUUCUUGAGCCACUUGAAGGCCUACUUCAUCUACAACCCAGCUUUUCUUUGCACUGGAGAGCUCCUUAGAUGUCCUCCUGCCCUUGAUUUGGGAGAAGUUGGGUGGCCAAUCCUCCAGCAGAGCUUCUAGACAGAUCAUCUAUGUAGAGGGACAGCUUCCUCUAAGCUGCCAUGGGUUUUCUGCCCAUGCUCAGGUGCCGGGCCUUCCAAAGAGUGGCCACUCAGGCGCUCAAAGUGGCUUCCCAGAGAAAGUGCCUUUUCCCACAGCAAGCCACAGAAGAGAAGUGGCCAUGCCUUUUCCCUGGUCAGGCAGAGCACCAUGUGGUCCUCUUCGUUUUCAGAAGGGCUCUCUCUCUCCUCAGAUGCUUCCUGAACUUCAAGUGCACCAUGCCUUCCCUUGGCAAGACCCUAAGAAGUCAGGACUCCCAAGCAUCCUUUGAGCCAUCCCAUUUGACAUCCUAUUUGGUCCGUGUCACACACGCCAGCAUGUCGCAAAGGAAAAGUGGGACACUUAGAUUCAAGGAACAUGAGAGUGUCAGUCAUGAGAGGGAAUGCCCGACAUGGAAGGACACAAUCCUUCUUCUUUCUCUCCUCUCCCUUCUGCUAAGUUAACUGAGUACAAAAUCCCCUUUUUUUGCACAUCGAAUUGGGUUUGCAGCAAUGGAAGAAAGUUGUGCACAAAGUGGGGAAAAAGGAGGAGAGAAAGAAACUGGGACCUUUUAAAAGCAGCUGAGAAAGUAGGAUGGCAGAGGACAGUUGGAGGGUAGUGAUAAAAAAUUUGGAGCAAAAACUAUUAUAGAGCAAUUUUAUUGUCUGGCAUUAAAGGGUCUGUGUGGAAACGGGUGGCAAUUGCAAACUGGGACAAAAAGGAGGAUCCGCUGGAGAUUUAGCUGGAAGAUUUGGAGAGAUGGAGCACAAGGGCAUAGCUGGGGAGGAGUUCAGGAAGAAGACAUUUGGGGUGUUUUUUUCCAGGAAGGUCAGAAGGACUUUAAUUGCUGCUCAUCUUACCAGACUGGAUGCAGUAGUAGGCUUGGAUUUUAUAUAAUCAGAGGUGAGAACGAGACAUUGCAUCCCCCCAAAAUAAUUUUAUUUUCCUUCUCCAUGACAUUUUCCUUCCCUCUCCAGGUUUCUAAAGAGAUACUGGAAAUGAUUUAAGCAUAUAAUUCUUCUGUUUGCAGGUGAUGGAGUUUAGCAUGUAGAAGGAAGAGGGUAAAGAUCACACCUGUGAUAAUCAAAGGGACGUUGAAGUUGCCAGGUGGUUCUUCUUUUAUGAGUGAAGAUCAGUGGUUAUCCAAAAUCUGUCUCCAGAAACCCAAUGCCAGGCCGUGGCUCAUUAGUUUCAUCCAGCGUCCAAAUUUGAUCCAGUUUGGGGAAGGAUUGUGUAAGGAAAUUUGACCGGAUGGGGAUUGUGCACCAUUUAAGGUCCAUUUAAGGUGCUUUUUUCCACCAAUAAUUGAGAAAAAUCCUUCAAUAAGGCAAUAGGAAAAGAAAGAAAGCGCAUUGCAGGUAGAUAGGUUCAAACAAGAAAGCCAUGGCUAAUCUGAGUCUGCAAGUUCUGAGCUGGGCUGAUAUUGUUGUACUUGCUUACUUUACUUUUAUCCUACCUUUUUCCCGAUAUUAGGGCUCAAGGUGACUAUAUGGUAGCCGCCUUGGCUAUAGAGAGGUCUGUCAUCUGGGAGAUCGCUUAAUCGGCUUAGCAGCCAAUCAAAACAUGCCCGAGCCAUUCUUUAGCACACAAAUGAGGAAUCAACUGAGUUGGAAACUGCUGUUUUAAUUCAUAGACUCCUUGAAAUACGUUUCUCCUGGGUGACCUUUUCUUCUCCAGAUUGACCAAGGGUUUCUGCCCUCCGUCUCCUCCUGGCCAGUAAAAGAUAUAUUAUAUAGUGGUAUAAGGAAAGCUAAUGUUCCGUUAUGAAGUUGCUAACAAAAAGAAAAGUUAAUCCAGAGGUGUAUAUUGUUUCAUUGCCCGUCAUGGGCGGCUCUUUAUUUAUAUGACUGUGAUGUUGGCUUACUUUUCUGCUAUUUAUUUUGUUGCUGCCUUCAAAAGAUGCUUCUCCUUUGGAAUCUGACCAAAAAUAUAUAUGUUUAUUCCCUCCUUCUUGGUGAUAGAGCUUUCUAACUGGGAUUAAGGGAUUAAGCACCCAUGUGUUGUCUGUACCACCGCAAUCUGGCAUUUUCUGCACACAAAAGCAUUCAACUCCUACAAGAAUCUUUAUAUAUAAAGAGACUUAUCACUGGCUUGGACUGCCUCCCUUCCCUUCUGUUCUCAUCAGGUUGUCUGUAGAUUUAUUGCCCACUGCCACCCCCCCCCCCAAAACCCCACAUCAAUGUAUACAAAUUAGGUUUCUUUAAUUUCCAGAUCUUGUGGAAUGAGACAACUUGGCUCAUUUUCUAGGACAUUUGCUAAGUUUUGUGGCAUUUGAUUGACAAAUCUGUUUUAUUAUUUUUGUACUGCCCGCCACAGCCAUCUAUUGAACCUAAAGCUGAAGAGAUCUGUGGUUCUGUGUGUGGUUUGCUUUCACAUCAGUGGAUGAUGGACCAUGUACCAAUAACUCUGGGCAGAUAGUGCGCUAGAGGGCAACCAAACCAAGUUGCUGCCAAUAUAUAUCCAUGAACUUGGAAGUAAAAGUGGAUUCCCAUUGGCUCCAAACUGGUUUGUUCUGGGAGGAUACGUCAGUCCUUCCUCUUGCCAUGUCUCUGCUAUGGCCCCAUCCUUCCAGAAUGCUUUGUGACCAAUAAACAUGAAUUAAUGGGAGUGCAACUUAGAGAAUGCACUCUCCUCUGGUGUAAGCAAUGACCUAUCCGUGUCCAAAUCAAAAUGACCCAAGGGUUUAAUUGUAGCAGGAGUCAUUCCUUUCAUUUGGGACCCUCCCUGAGCAAAGAACCGAACAUAACCAAGUGCCUUAACACCUGAACGGCCCGUUACUUGCCACUGACAGAGCUACAGCCUGAGCCAUUCACAUUUGUGGCUCCUGUUUCCUUUGAUUGAUGGGUGCAUAGAAUUACAUCAUCCACAUAAAUUCAUGUUUUUGGUGUAUUUGGAGCAGAAUAAUGGGUUUUUCUCUCUCUCCCUUGCCUCACUUGGGAAUAGAUAUUGCAGUUCGUCGACAUUCCCAUAGCUUAAGUAUUGUAGACAUGUUUGUUUAUGGACAGUUAUGAUGUCACUAAACAAUAUAAAAUAAAAGAUAUGGAGGAGAAACAGUUAGUAGAGGAAGAAGAGGUAGAGGAAUGUAGCAGAGAGAAGUUUCGGUGGUUCGCAAUGUUUUCCUGUAUGACAAAAUGGAGUUGGACUGCAUGGCCUUGUGGUCUCUUCCAACCCUAUGAUUCUUUUCAAUAGUCCUCCAUUUAAUGUGUCAUGAGUGAAUAAUGUGAGUCUAGUGGCACUCCUUUCAUCACGCUUCUGUGAGGCAUAAGGUGCACCGGAAGUGUGGAAAUGUGUCCCUUAAUCGUUCUUCCACCGUUCUUCAGCAGAGCCACCAGAAGUAGCUUGGAAUUGAACAAGAGCCAAGCUGAAACAUGACUGAAGUGGUUGGUGGGUGGGGACCAUUCUGUAAUUUUCGUGGAGAAAUAGAACAGUGUAAACCAUCAGAAGAUGGUUCCUAUCAAACCCGUAGCUUUGGUGGAGAAAUGGAAGGAUGAAAAUCAUCAGAAGAUGGUUCACAUCAAAGCAGUAACUUUGGUGGAGAAUUAGAAGGAUGGAAACCAUCAGGAGAUGGUUCACAUUAAACCAUUAACUUUGGUGGAGAAAAAAAAGGAUGGAAACCUUCAGGAGAUGCUUCACAUCAAAGCAGUAACUUUGGUGGAGAAGUAGAAGGAUGGAAACUGCCAGGAGAUGGUUCACAUCAAACCAUUAACUUUGGUAGAGAAAUAAAAGGAUGGAAACCAUCAGGAGAUGCUUCACAUCAAAGCAGUAACUUUGGUGGAGAAUUAGAACGGUGGAAACCAUCAGGAGAUUAUUUACAUCAAACAAAUAACUUUGGUGGAGAAAUAGAACGGUGGAAACCAUCAGGAGAUUAUUUACAUCAAACAAAUAACUUUGGUGGAGAAAUAGAACGGUGGAAACCAUCAGGAGAUUAUUUACAUCAAACAAAUAACUUUGGUGGAGAAAUAGAACGGUGGAAACCAUCAGGAGAUUAUUUACAUCAAACAAAUAACUUUGGUGGAGAAAUAGAACGGUGGAAACCAUCAGGAGAUUAUUUACAUCAAACAAAUAACUUUGGUGGAGAAAUAGAACGGUGGAAACCAUCAGGAGAUUAUUUACAUCAAACAAAUAACUUUGGUGGAGAAAUAGAAGGGUAGAAACCAUUAGGAGAUGCUUCACAUCAAACCCACCAACGCACUAUUCCAGGGUCAAUUCAGGUCUGAGAUUAGUGCCAUUCUCAGACUUGAGGUGAUCCUGAGAUAGUUGGUUGGUGGGUUUUGAGGGGAGGACAGUUCUCCUGCACCUGCUUCUGGACAUAUCAAAAUCCAAAGAAGAAUAACAAAUGUUAGGAGGAUAGAAGAGAUGCAAGAAAAUUCCUUGACCACAGAUUUCAUCAUGCAUAGACCAGGAGCAAAGUUGUGAUGCUUUCACAGUAUCCUUCUCUGAGAGGCAUUUAUCUGAUCUUUUGUGAAUGAAUUAAUGAACAACAGCUACAAAAUGUGGCAUCUUUGAACUGCCACACAUGCCACAUCCCCGAUUUUGCUGUAAGCACUCUCUGGGUUCAGAUACACCAAAAUCGUGUUUCUCAAAGCACCUUUUUUCCUAUGUCAUUUCAGCACCAGAAACUAUUGGCUCGGUGGAACCACCCAGAUCUGUCAGUUGGUGAGAUAUGGCUGUAAUGCAUACCGAAUAUGGAUAAUUAAAACAAGUUAUUUUCCAAAUUGGGGAGGAGGGAUUAAACUGGGGCACCACAAACCCAAUUCUGUGGAAGGGUUGAUGCACAUAAAUGUCAUACUUGGCAGAGCAAGGAUUAAUGCCUGAAGCUGGCACACAUUCUGUUUGGCAGGAUAUUGUCCAAUAUGCGUCCAGAGGAGGGCAACUAAAAUGAUUAAGGGUCUGGAGAACAAGCCCUAUGAGGAGAGGCUUAAAGAGCUGGGCAUGUUUAGCCUGCAGAAGAGAAGGCUGAGAGGAGACAUGAUAGCCAUGUACAAAUAUGUGAGGGGAAGUCAUAGGGAGGAGGGAGCAAGCUUAUUUUCUGCUGCCCUGCAGACUAGGACACGGAACAAUGGCUUCAAACUACAGGAAAGGAGAUUCCACCUCAACAUCAGGAAGAACUUCCUCACUGUGAGGGCUGUUCGGCAGUGGAACUCUCUCCCCCGGGCCGUGGUGGAGGCUCCUUCUUUGGAGGCUUUUAAGCAGAGGCUGGAUGGCCAUCUGUCGGGGGUGCUUUGAAUGCGAUUUCCUGCUUCUUAGCGGGGGGUUGGACUAGAUGGCCCUUGAGGUCUCUUCCAACUCUACUAUUCUAUGAUUCUAUGAUUCUAUGCAAUAAAUUACUCUUUCUGGAGAUGAAAAUGCUAUAAGGUUCCAGCCUGUCAGCAUAUUGAUCUGAUGCAUGGAAACCUUGCCUUUUACCGGCACAUGGCAAGGUGACCAUGCACAUCAAUCAUUGGGAUACAUGACAUUGAUAAAUAGAGGACUGAGAUUCUAGAUUGGAGGCUUAGCUAAAAGACUACCUUAGUUGUGUCACAAAGACUGGAAUAUCAGGCCCACAGUAGUCUUCCAGGUGGGAUACAAAGCUAAAACGAGCCCUGAAACGGAGCAGGAAAGCAAACAGACAACAAACAAUAACUUUGACCAAAGGAUCCACCAAGUUCUAGCACUGCUUUCCGUCCAACCUACCUACAUGAGCAAUAUCUAAGGUGUACGUGGUGAUCUUUAUCUGAUAUCUAUUUGACCAGCCCAGCAUGUAGACAGAGCCUGUUUCUUGUUUAAGAGGAUGUUCUUGAGGUCUGGCAUUGUAUGUAGCCAUAACUUCUGGUUGGUGGCCCUGGGUGAACAAUAUUGCAGCUAUAGCAUUUUUAGCAUAGCAUAUGUGGCAGAGCAAAGCAAAACACAAUACAGGCCACAGGUGAGAUGUCAGCUAUUAUCAAAAUGGGAGGGAUUUGUAAUUCUUAUCCUGACGUGCCCCCAAAUCUGACUCUUCAGGAUUGGGGAGCACCAGACUGACAUUUCCACAUUCUCCGGGGAUAUUUGUUGUGACAAGUAGAAUCAGUGUCACAAAUCCUCCUCACAUUAGAGACAGCUGAUAGGGAGGGAAUGGAAACAUCAGUCUGCUGAGUCCUAAUCGAAAGGAGAAUAGAUGCCCGCCACUUGCAGCAGCUGCUGCACGAUACAGAAGGAUGGGGAGGACUGUUAUGAUCCCCGAGUAUUUUCUGCGCUAUUGAGCACACUUGAGUUUUCCCUCCAUGGCUCAUGCCCCUCCAUGAUAUUGUCAACACGCCCUGUGUGAACAGGAUGGUACCUUUUAGUGUCUGCUCCCUGAAAGUCAUGGCAAGUAUUCAUAAGACAGGUUCCAUCACAGAAAGAAGGGUGUUUCAGCAGAGACCAGCCAUGAUUAAACCAGGAAGGCAAGAACUGUGGGUUGAGAUGUGGCCUAUUUUUGCCAUCAACUUUGUCACCUUUUUCCCAACUUGGUUCAGCUCAGAACUCCAAAUGUCUUAAAAACGCCAGCAUUGAAAACUAUUUGGGUGUAAACAGUAAUUACAGGAUCCUUCCCCACAUUGGUUUUUCUUUUCUUUUCGAAUUAUAUGUGUGUAAGUAAAUCGGGAAGUUGUGUGAAACUACUGGACUCAGAUUAAUGGAACACAAGACGAUGUUAUGGUCAGGAUGGGCGAGCAAUACCGUUUUGGGUUUUCCUUGUCUUCUCCUGCACCUAUUUUCACAAAACUCUGACCCCUCCGCCCCAAAUUCCUGGGUGUUUCCUUUGGACAAUCACCUCACGCACUGGGGAAGCGGCAAGCAAGGUGGGUGGUCAGUGGCUCGUACUUCUGUGGGGCGGGGCGGAGAAGGGGCACGUCCAGAACGCUGCUGGCCUCCGGGACAAGCGAAAGGGGCAACCUACUGUGUAACGUUGUCUGACUAACUCUUGUAAUUAUGAAGCAUGGAAAUGUAGAUGCAACUCCAUGUUGUGUGAAUAAAAGAUGAAUAUGGA